AUGGGUGCCUUUCUAGGAAGGCUGAGCUCCAAGUGCACUGCGCCCUGGAGGCCGGAGCGAGUCACGACUCCAGUCACUGUCCGGCGGGACCCACCCCUAGCCCACUGGCUCCUAGAGCCACGCCUUCUGAGGUGGACCCGGCAGCAGCCACAGAAUCCCAGAUGUGCCCCCAAAAGCCGGAGCAAGGCCGGGGGCGGGCCAAGACUGCUUCCGGGGGCUCUGCGGAAAUUCCGAAACCCGCCCCUCAGCGAAGCUCCGGGACAGGCACACAGGCCUCCUCCUGGAGGACUCCAGGUGGGUGUCAGCCUGGCACCCACGGUGACCUGUAGGCGGGAGCCAGCCGAGAACCGUCUCAUCGGAGUCUUCUGGACAGAGACCCCUCCAAGGCUUCCAGGGCCGGGCUGCCCCUCCGGGGCAAAUGAAACCCCGCCCACGGGCGAGUACACGCUUUUCCCGGAGGUCCCGCGUCAAGACGGCGCCGGCCUGCGUAGAGCGUCAAGAUGGCGGCCACCCGGGUGGAGAGUCAAGACGGCGACCGCCCCGGUAGAGAAUCAAGACGGCGCCAGCCCGCGUAGAAGGUCAAGAUGGUGCUCACCCGGGAAGAGAGGCUGUGGCCAGCCUGUGGCGCCGUGUGUGUCCUGGUUCGGGUGCCGGCCCCUCGGACUGAGCCCGGCGGGUGAGCCUCGUCCGCGGAGAGUCCCGGCGCUCCUGGAUCGGCGGCCGUGUCGGGUAAGUCCCGCGCAGCCUUCCCAAGCUGUGAGCCUUCUCCUCGAGGGCUGGUUCCCAGGGCGCCAUGUUUGGGACAGUGUGUCCUCAGCGGUGUUUUUCGCGGCAGCUCGCUUCCCAGCCCGCGUUUGGCUGCCUGGCCCUCGAAAGGCCAAAGCUCGGGGGACCAGGGUCGGUGAAAGGGAAGGCUGUUCUGUUCAGGAGGCUGCAGCCGGGAAGGCGGCGGCCUGGGCCCGGGGCUUCCCCCGCGGGCCCUUCAGCGCGACAGCCUUUCUGAGGGGCCGGGGGCGCCAGGGGGCUCUGCCCAGGAUCCGCAGCCACUCAGGGGCCCGCGGGCCGAAUUGCUGGCUUCAGGGUGACUGUGUGCUCACAGCUGGGUCCGGAAUGGCGUGUCUUUGCCUGUUUGCAUGGCGGCUCUGCGUGAAACUGCUGAAACUCAAGCUGACAAGGCUGAGACUGUCUUGGGAAAUGUGCCUACCGUUUAGUGGCUGCAAGAGUCCGAGCCCAUGUGCGUGGAACAGCAUGAGGCAGGACCUGCUUGAGUUCCGAAAGCAACGGAAGCUGCUGCUGUUGCUUCAGAGUGCGUCUCCUGUGUUCCUUGUGAGAAGAAGCCUGCUGGUGCUGGAGUCUCAAAGCUCCAGGCAUCGGGUGCACCACCUUGGUAUUUGGAAGAUGAAACUGUGGGUCCUGAAGGAAAUAAUGGACCCUGUGGAUCCGAAUACUACACGUCUGGCUCCUCUCUUGACUCAGCCUCUUGUACUGAGAUCUUCAGGAAACAAAAGCAUAUUGGAGAGCCUGGUAAUCUUCCCCAGAAGGAAUUAGAAAAUACCUCUACCUCAGAUUACCCCUCCUCUCUCUCUGACUACGAGAAUAGCGAAAUCACCGAGUUACCUGAAGAUGUUCCUCGUGUUGGGGCCCUUGAGAUGACUCCGCCCCAGGUCUGGGAGGAGCGGGAAGCUUCCUCCUCCUCUCCCUCCUCCUCCUCUCCCUCCUCCUCCUCCUCUCCCUCUUCUUC